AUGAAGCUGACUAAAGCCCAGUACGAUGAAAUAGCCCAGUUCCUGGGGCACAUACAGCCCACCCGGCAGAGCCUGAGGAGGCUGAAGGAGAAGUUCCCUAGUCAAUCGCAGUCCACUCUGCUGAGCAUCUUCUCCCAGGAGUACCAGAAACAAAUCAAAAGAACACAUGCCAAGCAUCACACUGCUGAAGCUAUUGAAACUUACUACCAAAGGUACCUGAAUGGGGUAAUGAAAAAUGCAGUUGCUCCUGUAUUACUGGAGCUGGCCAAUGAGGUGGACUUUGCCCCAUCAUUGAUGGCUCGUAUUGUGUUAGAAAGAUUUCUACAAGAAAAAGAACAAGCCGUCCCCUCCAAAACUCUUAUAAAUAGUAUGCUACGGGACCCUUCUCAGAUUCCAGAUGGAGUUCUAGCAAAUCAAGUGUAUCAGUGUACUGUGAAUGACUGUUGUUAUGGACCACUGGUGGACUGCAUCAAACACGCUAUUGGGCAUGAGCAUGAAGUCUUGCUGCGAGAAAUGCUUUUGGAAAAAAAUCUUUCUUUCAUAGCUGAAGAUCAGCUUCGUGCAAAGGGUUAUGACAAAACACCAGACUUUAUUUUAGAAGUGCCAGUAGCUGUUGAAGGACACAUAAUUCACUGGAUUGAAAGCAAAGCCUCAUUUGGUGAUGAAAGUAGCCACCAAGCCUACUUGCAGGACCAGUUUUGGAGCUACUGGAACAGAUUUGGGCCCGGAUUAGUCAUCUACUGGUACGGAUUUAUUGAAGAGCUGGACUGCCACCGUGAACGUGGUAUCCUGCUAAAAGACUGCUUUCCUACUGACAUUGUGACUCUGCGACACAGCAUGGCUCAGUGCUGAUGUUGGGAGGAAGAGGGAAUCUACACCCAGGAAUUUUUCUCUUAACUGACUUUAAGGAAGGACUCUGUCUUGACCCCUGUAGGUUCUGUAACAUGCAAUUUUCUGGUGUACUAGAGUCCGAAAGAACAAUGUGCAGGAGGUCUCUGUGUGGGUUACUUCUGAAGAAGAUUACCAUCCUGGUGUUCAAGAAGGGGAGUAAAAAGAAGAUAAAACACUGCUUCAGGCUGGAUCAGUUCCACAAGACAAAUAAAGCACACAAAUGGGCAUAAGCUUACUGCGUACUUAUCUGUUCUUCUAAGAGCAUUGUUUUUCUCUUGUUGGAACCACUGAGAUCAGAGGUACAUUGAGGUGGGUGUUAGCCCUCCUUGAAGUUUUGAGGAGUUCAAUCUCGUUCUGUUUCCAUCUUCAUCGCCACUCAGAGGGUCAGUAUUGGGCCUCAGGUUUGUGCUCUCAGUUAGAGGUUUCUUAAUGACAGUAGCUUUUGGGGCUUGACAGUCUUUAAUACUCUUUUCUUUGCUAACUGGCAUUCAGGAAAGGACAAAAUAUUUUUGAAAGUUAAUGAGGGUUUUGCAUGUAUGCUCACCAUGUUCAGAUUUUCAGAGAAGUUAAGCAGAGGUACGGAUUCUGUUGUAGAAUUAAAGGUGUGAUAACAGUCUCCCUAAAGCACAAGUUAAUAACCUCUUCCAUAAGGAAAGGGUCUUUAAAACAUUACAGUCCAUAUUCAGCAUUUUUUUCAGCUGAGGUGAUACUUUUUGUGCCUGUAUGAUUUCAGAAAUCACAUGCAGACUUUUUACAGUCUUGCCUUGAGUUAAAAGAAAGGGUAUUAAUCCUAUUCAGUUUUUUCCAGCUAUAGUUUUCAGAUGCAUACGCAGUAUUUUUAUUUUGGAUUUGUAGUUCUCACUUUCUGGUAAGUUUUAGACAGGAGUUUAUCAUUUUGACUAACCUUUAAUUUUCAGGAAAAAAUAUCUUCAGUCUUCCUAGUACUCUGUCCCUAGCUGCAGAGUUAAGCUAGUAUAGCUCCGCUACAGUGAGUUAUUGUUGCAUAGAGAUUAUUUUCUUGGGUUUGAAUGUGUUAUAGUGGAAAGAUUUAUUUUUAAAAAAAUAUUCAAACACCUGUAACUGAUUUAUGUUCAACCAUUUAAGGUAUUGUGCUUAGCUUAUUUUACCUGACCAGCUUUAAGGAUCUGCCCGUAAAGAUACGCAGAAGCAAUCUGUGAAGUGUACCUGCCUGAUGCUGCGCAGAAGCUGCAUUUAAGGUGUUGCUGCCCCUGGGACUUUUAACUGUGGUUUAGGUUAGCAGAAUGUGUAAAAUCAAGAAGAGAAUA